CUCAUCAGAUGAUGUCAGGUGGAGAAGAUUCAGCUGAAUGUUAAACGGCCUGUCAGAGUGUGUGUGUGUGUGUGUGUGUGUAUGUGUGUGUGAAUGUGUGUGUUAAUGUGUGUUUCAUAUGUGUGUGUGUGUGUCUGUGUGUGUGUGUGUGUGUGUGUGUGUGUCUUUAAUAGCUGGUCUGAAGUCUGGGACAGAAGGAGACGGUGAUCAGGAAGACGGACGAGCAGCACAGCUUCUCUCUGUCUUCCUGACAUGUUUUCGUGUUCAGAGGAGAUUCGGCCUGGGUCACACACACACACACACACACACACACACACACACACACGCACACACACACACACACACACACACACACGCACACACACACACACACACACCCUCUCUGGUCCCAUCAGCAGAAGAAACCACGUUGACUCUCUGCGGUCCUGGAGGAAAUCAAAGGUGAACCUGCGUCGGGUCUUCACGGCCCGUCUGUUCAGAACAAUUCUGUCCCCGGCUGAGUUCUCCUGUCCUGCAGAGAUGGACGAGGACUUCGUCUCCGUGUGUCUCUGUGUGUUUGGAGAUCGGAGCUCUGAUUCUGCUCCUUCAGUCUGAGUUUAGGAGAAACCCUGGAGCUGGUCGGGUUUCUCUUUUCCAGUUUUAGUUCUGGUCCAGGAGUGUAGGCGUAGACCCAUCCACCAGAGAAACCCACAGGAGAUGAUGCAGGAUGAGUUUUUAGUCUGAAGACGUUACUGAGCGCGUGCAAAGACAGACACAGGAGGUCAGUCUGGGCGAUUUGGUAAAAAAAAAGGAUCAGGAUAUAUUUUGUAAAAUCGUCCGAUCUCGAUUAUUAUCACGAUUUUAAACUCGGUGACUCCGUUUGGACUCACUUUCUCUGCUCUAAACGUAAAGUUAGAAAAAUCCUCCUGAUCAAUAAUCAAUAAUCGACCUCAGCGUUGAGUGUUUGAAUAUGAGGAGAACCAGGGUGAUGAUCAGGAUGGACUCCAGCUCUGACCCGGUCCGACCUUCUCUCCUCCUCUUCCUCCCUCUGCAGGUUCCUCACCUACUCCUACCUGCUCUCCUUUAACGCCUGGUUGCUGCUCGCCCCCGUCAUGCUCUGUUACGACUGGCAGGUGGGGAGCAUCCCCCUGGUGGAGUCGCUGGGCGAUGUCCGUAACCUGGCGACCGUGCUGCUGGCCGUGGUGAUGCUCGCUCUCUGCCUUCACUGCGUCUGUUCUCUGCAGGUGAGUGAGAGCACGCCGUCCACAGACUCGAUGUCACAUGACCUCCUGAUGCUUGUCAGUCAUGAAUCUGAUGGAGGAACUUCUAAAGUACUUUGGUCUCACUUUAAUCCGGGUCCAUUCUGGACGGUGUUUUCAAAGCGUCUUCACAGAACCAGAACCGUUCGGUCCUGUUGGUCCAGAAGACGUCCUCACAGAAACAGACGGAAACGUUAAAAACAGAGUCUGUGUUUGUGAAUCUCAGCUCAUCCUCCACUUUAUCAACCAUUUAUUAGACUGAUGAUAAUAUACAUAAUAAUAAUGAUGAUAAUGUAAAAAUAAUAGAUAUAAUAUUGAAUAUAUAAUGAUAUUUAUGUCAAGUUAAAUAUGUAAUAAUAAGGAUAAUUAUAAGGUUAAUAAUGAUAAUAAUUAUUAUUAUUAUAGCAUAUAUAAUAUACAUAAUAUUGAAUAUAUAAGAUCGUACAUGUAUGUUUAUAUCUAUCUAUAUAUGUAUAUAUUUAUAUAUAAAUAUAUAUUUUUCAAUACAUAUAAUAGUACAUUAAUAUUUAAUAUAGAAUAUAUAUAUAUAAUAUUAUAUAAAUGUUUCAUAUUGUAUAUAAAUAAAAAUUAAAUGAUUAUAAUAUUGAAUUUAUAUCUAAUAAUAUAUACAGUAUAUCUAAUAAGAUACAUAUAUUUAUUUAUGUAAAGAAUAUUGGAUAAAUAUAAUAUAAUAAUAUAAUAUAUAUUUCUAUUUAAUACUGAGUAUAUAUGAUGAUAAUAAUAAUAAUUAUAUAUAUAUAUAUAUAUAUAUAUAUAUAUAUAUAUAUUUAUAUAGAUAGACAGAUAGAUAGAUAGACAGCUAUAAUAUCGCCUAUAAUGAGUCUUUGAAUGUUUCAGUGAAGACCGUUAGUAAUCAUGGCGCUCUCAGAUCUCGGCGGGACUCCUCAUUAGCACGUCGUUAAAGAAAAGGUCGCUGCAGAGCGGUUCGACGGUUAAACUGAUGUAAUGACGCCCUUUCCUCGCCUGCGUUAACCCUUUACACACCAAAGUUAGAGGGCAGAUACACACACACACACACACACACACACACCCUUCUUCUUUUUCCUUCACGUUUUCAGAGCAGCCUCCUCGUCUCACACACCUGCUGUUACCGUGGAGACGGACUGGGCUCUGUGAACAGUGUGUUGGUGUGGAUUACAGUGUGUUGUCAGCAGGGAGGCAGCUCUCGCUCUCUCUCAGUCAACACCUGCUUUUGUAAGACCUCCUGCCUUCCCACAGAGCUUUGAACUCCAUUUUUAUUUCCCAUAAUGCCUCUGUGCUUAUCUCCACCCAACAUCUCAGAUGGCGUUGGGUUCAAGGUGUCUUUAGUGAGCCGUGCUGCAGAGCAGGAGAGAACGACAUCCGUCUGACUGAAAGUUUCUUGGCAGGAAAAUAUGAUUGAGUAACUUUUUCACUCUGAGGUCUUUGUGAAGGUUUUUAUUAGAAACUUUAACAGGAGGAGAGAAUUUACCGCUCUGUCAUACAGGAGAGAGAGAGAGAGAGAGAGAGAGAGAGAGAGAGAGAGAGAGAGAGAGAGAGAGAGAGAGAGAGAGAGAGAGAGAGAGAGAGAGAGAGAGAGAGAGAGAGAGAGAGAGAGAGAGAGAGAGAGAAUUUACCGCUCUGUCAUACAGGAGAGAGAGAGAGAGAGAGAGAGAGAGAGAGGGAGAGAGAGAGUGAGAGAGAGAGAGAGAGAGAGAGGGAGAGAGAGACAGAGAGAGAGAGAAUUUACCGCUCUGUCAUACAGGAGAGAGAGAGAGAGAGAGAGAGAGAGAGAGAGAGAGAGAGAGAGAGAGAGAGAGAGAGAGAGAGAGAGAGAGAGAGAGAGAGAGAGAGAGAGAGAGAGAGAGAGAGAGAGGGAGAGAGAGAGAAUUUACCACUCUGUCAUACAGGAGAGAGAGAGAGAGAUAGAGAGAGAGAGAGGGAGAGAGAGAGUGAGAGAGAGAGAGAGAGAGAGAGGGAGAGAGAGACAGAGAGAGAGAGAAUUUACCGCUCUGUCAUACAGGAGAGAGAGAGAGAGAGAGAGAGAGAGAGGGAGAGAGAGACAGAGAGAGAGAGAGGGAGAGAGAGAGGAAGAGAGAGAGGGAGAGAGAGAAUUUACCGCUCUGUCAUACAGGAGAGAGAGAGAGAGAGAGAGAGAGAGAGAGAGAGAGAGAGAGAGAGAGAGAGAGAGAGAGAGAGAGAGAGAGAGAGAGAGAGAGAGAGAGAGAGAGAGAGAGAGAGAGGGAGAGAGAGACAGAGAGAGAGAGAAUUUACCGCUCUGUCAUACAGGAGAGAGAGAGAGAGAGAGAGAGAGAGAGGGAGAGAGAGACAGAGAGAGAGAGAGGGAGAGAGAGAGGAAGAGAGAGAGGGAGAGAGAGAAUUUACCGCUCUGUCAUACAGGAGAGAGAGAGAGAGAGAGAGAGAGAGAGGGAGAGAGAGAGAGAGAGAGAGAGAGAGAGAGAGAGAGGAGAGAGAGAGAGAGAGAGAGAGAGAGAGAGAGAGAGAGAGGGAGAGAGGGAGAGGGAGAGAGAGAGAGAGAGAGAGAGAGAGGGGGAGAGAGAGAGUGCAGCAGAGAAAAUCUGUCCUUGAGUUUAUUUUCUAAAGCAAACUGUCAGCAGCAGCAGUAGUAUCUGUAUCUGUAGUAUCUGUAGUAUCUGUGGUCAUAAAGGGUUCAUGUUCUCAGAUACCAAGUUUACUCAGUAUUAAGGUUCAUAUUACCCGUGUUGUUAUACAGGACUUCACUAAUACAUGAUCGUCUUCAUUGGUUCUCUGAUCUCUGAUCUCAUCAGAUGAUCGUUAAUAUUCAAGACUGAUUGGUCACGGCGGCUGUGUGUGUGUGUGUGUGUGUGUGUGUGUGUGUGUGUGUGUGUGUGUGUGUGUGUGUGUGUGUGUGUGUUUGGAGCCCUCUUAUUCAGUUUAUUUAUUUAUUUGACAGUGAAACAGCUGAUUUAUUGUUAUUGUCACUCCUCCUCCUGUCUCUCCCUCUCCUUCCUUUCCUCCCCCUCCUCCUCCCCCGUCUCUCCCUCUCCUCCUCUUCCUCCUCCUGUCUCUCCCUCUCUUCCUCCUCCUCCCCCCGUCUCUCCCUCUCCUCCUGCUCCUCCUCCUCGUUUCUCCUCCUCCUCCUCCUCCUGUCUCUCCCUCUCCUCCUGCUCCUCCUCCUGUCUCUCCCUCUCCUCCUCUUCCUCCUCCUGUCUCUCCCUCUCCUCCUUCUCCUCCUCCUGUUUCUCCCUCUCCUCCUUCUCCUCCUCCUGUCUCUCCCUCUCCUGCUCCUCCCCCCGUCUCUCCCUCUCCUCCUCCUCCUCCUGUCUCUCCCUCUCCUCCUGCUCCUCCACCUGUCUCUCCCUCUCUUCCUCCUCCUCCCCCUGUCUCUCCCUCUCCUCCUCCUCCUCCUCCUGCAGAGACAGGAGAGCAGGGAGGUUCUGGUGGGUCUUCUGUUCCUGGUGUUCCCCUUCGUUCCUGCCAGUAACCUGUUCUUCAGGGUGGGCUUCGUGGUGGCUGAGAGGGUCCUCUACAUGCCCAGGUGAGUCUGUGUGAGAGCGCAGGUGAGGGAGAGUCUACCUGGACCUGAAGAGUUUAGACUAACACAAGAAGAAGGAGAAGGUCGUGAAGAGAAGAGGUCCAAAGUUCUGACAUGAGGGUUAGUCACAUGACCAGGUCUAAGACGGACCUGCAGAGAGGCGGAGUCUCUCAGAGGUUCAGGACUCUGGAGUGGAAAUCCACUGAUGAGGUUCAGACUGGACCAUGACAGAGGAGACCGGGUAGAACCAGGAUCAGCUGGUCUUU